AUGCCUCCUGUGCACCCCCUACUGGAGAUAUACCUGCAAACAAGGAUGUGAACUUUGAGGACGUGGCCAUUGCCUUCUCUGAAGUGGAGUGGGUGAUCCUGGAUGAUGCUCAGAGACUUCUGUACUACGAUGUGAUGCUGGAAGUGUUUGCCCUUGUAUCAUCUGUAGGUUGUUGGCAUAAAAUGGAAGAUGAGGAGGCCUCUUCUGAUCAGCAAGUAUGUAGACAAGGCAAGUUACAGGUCCGGACUUCUAAGACAGCUCAAGACACCCAUAAGAACCAUCUCUGUAAGCGGUGUUUCUCUCUGUUGCAACAUAUUUUGCACCCGACUGGGUCACAUGCAGCGUACUUUGAGCAGAAAGCCUUCUGUAGCGACGCAUGUGUUGGAGAAUUCUGUUUCAGUGUAAACCCUCACCAGCAACAAAAGAAUGAAUGUGGAGAGGGGCCCUGGAAAGAAGCUAUGGACGGGACCUCUUUUGUGAGCAGGUGCAGCUUCUCCUUACCUUCGGUGCCUUCAACCAGCAGGGAGGUUGGGGAAGACUUGCAAUCCAACCCAGAGCUUCCCCAGCACCAGGCCACUCUCAACACUGAGGAGCUACCCUGUAGCAGUGAGAUUUCACAGGAAUUUCUCCGUGGAAAAAGUCAUCACCGGUGGGAUGAAUGUGGAAACGCUGCCAGCCACAACCUGAAAGUUGUUCAGUGUGAGGGUGUGUGUUCUGGAGAACUGAUUUAUGAGUGUAACAAAUGUAGGAAAGUGUUUAUACGAAACUUGAACGUCAUUCGACAUAGAGUUCACACUGGAGAAAAGCAGUAUCAGUGUAAUGAAUGUGGGAAGUUCUUCAGAAAAAGACCUUCACUUGUUAGACACCAGAGAGUUCACACUGGAGAGAAGACAUAUGUGUGCAAACAGUGUGGGAAGUCUUUCAGUUACAAGUAUAACCUCAAAAAACACAACAGAGUUCACACAGGAGAAAAGCCGUAUAAGUGCAGUGAAUGUGGGAUAUCCUUUCGUCAGAGGACCCACCUCAUAGAACACCUCAGAGUUCACACUGGACUGAAACCAUAUGAGUGCAGACAUUGUGGGAAAACCUUCAGCUCCAAGUCGAACCUCAAACAACACAACAGAGUUCACACAGGAGAAAAGCCAUAUAAGUGCAGUGAGUGUGGGAUUUCCUUUCAUACAAGGACUCAGCUCACUAGACACCUCAGAGUUCACACCGGAGAGAAGCCGUAUGAGUGUAGAGAAUGUGGGAUGUCCUUUCGUACAACGGCUCAGCUCACUGUACACCUCAGAGUUCACACUGGACAGAAACCAUAUGAGUGCAGACAUUGUGCGAAAUCCUUCCGUUCCAAGUCUAACCUCAAUGAACACAACAGCAUUCACACAGGAGAAACGCCAUAUAAGUGCAGUGAAUGUGGGAUGUCCUUUCGUACAAGGACUCAGCUCACUAGACACCUCAGAGUUCACACCGGAGAGAAGCCGUAUGAGUGUAGAGAAUGUAGGAUGUCCUUUCGUACAAUGGCUCAGCUCAAUGUACACCUCAGAGUUCACAGUGGAGAGAAGCCAUAUGAGUGUAGAGAAUGUGGGAAAUCUUUCCAUUAUAGGUCUAACCUCAGACAACACAACAGCGUUCACACUGGAGAAAAGCCAUAUAAGUGCAGAGAAUGUGGGAUGUCCUUUCGUACAAAGUCUCAGCUCACUGUACACCUCAGAGUUCACACUGGACAGCAACCAUAUGAGUGCAGACAUUGUGGGAAAUCCUUCAGCUCCAAGUCUAACCUCAAAGAACACAACAGAGUUCACACAGGAGAAAAGCCAUAUAAGUGCAGUGAAUGUGGGAUGUCCUUUCGUACAAGGACUCAGCUCACUGGACACCUCAGAGUUCACACCGGAGAGAAGCCGUAUGAGUGUAGAGAAUGUGGGAUGUCCUUUCGUACAAGGGCUCAGCUCAGUGUACACCUCAGAGUUCACAGUGGGGAGAAGCCAUAUGAGUGUAGAGAAUGUGGGAAAUCUUUCCGUUACAGGUCUAACCUCAGACAACACAACAGCGUUCACACUGGAGAAAAGCCAUAUAAGUGCAGAGAAUGUGGGAUGUCCUUUCGUACAAAGGCUCAGCUCACUGGACACCUCAGAGUUCACACUGGACAGAAACCAUAUGAGUGCAGACAUUGUGGGAAAUCCUUCCGUUACAGGUCUAACCUCAGACAACACAACAGUGUUCACACAGGAGAAAAGCCAUAUAAGUGCAGUGAAUGUGGGAUGUCCUUUCGUAUACGGCAUCACCUCACUAAACACCUCAGAGUUCACACUGGAGAGAAGCCAUAUGAGUGUAGAGAAUGUAGGAUGUCCUUUCGUACAAGGGCUCAGCUCACUGUACACCUCAGAGUUCACACUGGAGAGAAGCCACAUGAGUGUACUGAAUGUGGGAAGUCUUUUAGCCGAAAAGCCUACCUUAAUAAACAUCUGAGAGUUCACACUGGAGAGAAGUCUUAAAUGUGCAGGGAAUGUUUCCUUUUAUUCACUUAGAAUAACAACAAUGAAGGAGACUCUUUGUGACCUAUUUUCCUGAAUUUAAACCCCUUUUAAUGGAACAUACACUCUUCUAGAUUCUUCAUGUUACCAGUACAGGUGAAGCUUAAACGAGGUGCAUAGCACUUUGUAACAUGCCCAGGUCUUCUACCCGAUUGAUUUGUGGCUGAAGAGAUUUCCCCUCUACAACCUGGCUCACCUGAAGAGUGUGUAUCAGUCCCAACCACUGCGUGCUAAGGGGAAAUGUAUUCUGUGAUGUCACUUGUGCUUGAGAACAUUAGGAACCCUCCGCUCCUGACAGGAUCUUCAUUUGUCUCCGAGGAGGUAAUGCACCUGACCCACGGUUCAUACUGGGCACCUUCCUCAGCUAAGAAGUGCGGCCUCUGUCCGGGACAUGUGGUUCUCACAUUAUGCUGUGAUGAAUUGUUUCAAAUUCUGAUUCACCAACCUGCAAACCGCCUUGUCCUGUUUUCUGGUUUGUGAUCUUUAGUAAAGGUAUUUUUUCUUUAGUACCUUUAAUUUUCUUGGUUAUAUUCACCCCCAGGGAUGAUUAUCAAGCACUACUGUGGUCUACGUUGUAUAAUUUACAGAUAUUGUGUGGAUCCCAACGUUUCUGUGCUUUAGGAGGGACAGCAUAGUGCCAGGAAAUCACUCUUUGACCAAUAUUGGCUUUUAGUGCAUUGCUGCCCACGGCCUUGAAAUAAAGACUGCGUGACUUUGUGGU